CAGUGCACCUCAGCCUGCCGGCUCCCAGCUGACGACAUGCAGGCAGCCGAGCGUCGGGCGCGUCGCAAGGCUGAGCGGCUGCCACGCUGUUACGGUAUUCCACAACCUCGUACUCAUCCUCUGUGAGAUACUCCAGUCACUCCUCCCUCUGCCCCCCUCGUAACGACGGCGAAUGGCGCGGCAGCUGCGCCGCGAAGACUACACGGUGGGAUGGGUGUGUGCGCUGCCCGUUGAGCUGGCAGCGGCGCAGGAGAUGCUCGAUGAAGAGCACCCUGACCUCGACUGCGACCUGACCAACAACGACGAGAACCUGUACGCCCUGGGCUCGAUUGGCGGCCACAACGUCGCCAUCGUAUGUCUGCCCGCCGGCCGCAUCGGGAACAACCCAGCAGCCGCAGUGGCAAUGCAGAUGCGGGCGACGUUCAAGAAGAUCCGGUUUGGGUUGAUGGUGGGCAUCGGCGGCGGCGUCCCGAGUGCUGAGGCAGACGUGCGGCUGGGGGAUGUGGUGGUCAGCCAGCCGCACGGGAUGUUUGCUGGGGUAGUGCAGUACGACGCAGGGAAGACGAUACCAAGCGGGUUCGAGCGGACAGGAUCGCUCAACUCACCACCACAGGUGUUGCUGGCAGCGGUUGCGAGAGUACGGGCAAACGAGCUGCGGGGCCGAAGCAAGCUGCGUGAGCUCGUCGCCAAGCUGGAGGGCAUCGCCAAAUUCCAGCGCAGCAAGGCAGGGCCUGACGUUCUGUUCGAAGCAGCGUACGACCACAAGGGAGGGCAGACGUGCGACGGGUGUAGUCUUGACAGACAGGAAGCUCGACUGCCGCGCGAUAGCGAGGAGGAAGUGGCGGUGCACUACGGCACCAUCGCGUCUGGCAAUCAGGUGAUCAAGAAUGCUGCUCUGAGGGACAGACUCAGCGCUGAGCUCGGCGGGGUGCUGUGCUUCGAGAUGGAGGCGGCGGGCCUGAUGAACAGCUUCCCGUGCCUGGUGGUCCGCGGCGUGUGCGACUACGCGGACUCACACAAGAACAAGCGGUGGCAAGCGUACGCGGCGGGGACCGCGGCGGCGUACGCGAAAGAGGUGCUGUCGGUGAUACCGCCAGCGGAUAUAGCGAAGUCGCGUACGGUGGAUGAGGCCAUUCGCGAGGCAAGCGCUAAACCAACCUACUACAUCCCCUUUCAGAAAAACCUCCACUUUGUUGGACGACGCGAUGAGCUUGCGGUGCUGCGGCAGCGGCUGCUCAUAGAUCAGGACUGCCAGAAGAUGUCUAUUGUUGGACUCGGCGGAACCGGCAAGACACAGGUGGCGCUGCAGUUCGUGUACACGGUCAAGGAAGCGCGGCCUGAGUGGUCUAUCUUCUGGAUGCCAGCGCUGAGCAUGGAGAGCUUCGAGCAGGCAUGCGUGCAGGACGGCAAAGAGGAUGCAAAAGAGCUGGUGAAGCAGUACCUGAGCUCAAGCCGAGCAGGGCGCUGGCUGCUGGUGGUGGACAAUGCCGAUGAUCCGGACAUCUUCUUCGGGGUCGGGCAGUCGAAAGGCAUCGUGGACUACCUGCCAGAGAGCGAGGAGGGUGUGACUGUGUACACCACGCGCACGCCGGAGGUGGCUGAGCUGACGCGCGGCGACGUGGUGGAGAUAGGAGCCAUGGAGCGACACGACGCGGCUGACUUCCUCACAAAGUCACUUACAAGGAAAGACCUCUUGCGUAGUGAUGCGACUGCCAGCAAGCUGCUAGACGAACUGCUGGAUGAUCUGGCGUGCCUGCCGCUAGCUAUCGCGCAGGCAGCUGCCUACCUAAACAGGAACCGCAUGUCCAUCGCGAAAUACUUGUGGCUGCUGCACAACACAGAGCAAGACCUCGUCAGGCUCAUGAGCAGCGAGUUCCGCGAUGACACGCGGUACAAAGACACGGCGAACGCAGUGGCGACGACGUGGGUGGUGUCGUUCAGCCAGAUCCGCGAGCGUGACGCAGUAGCAGCGGAUCUGCUGGCGUUCAUGUCAUGCGUGGAGUGGAAGGCUAUACCGCGGUCGCUGCUGCCAGGGGUGCAGUUAGAAGGGCGGAUGGAGGAGGCGAUUGGCACGCUGUUCGGUUACUCGUUCCUGGUGAGACGGGACAGCAGCAGUCAAGCAACAGAAGAAGGAAGCGAAAACGGCGGGAAGGGUGAGGAGGGGGAGGAAGAGACAGAGGCAGAAGAAUGGUACGACAUUCACCGACUGGUGCACCUGGCGACACGGAUCUGGGUCAAGAAGCACGGCGAUGCAAGUGAGGUAGCAGAGGGCGCAGUGCGACAUAUCGCAGGAGUUUUCCCAUCUGACGAUUAUGCAAACCGGCGAGUUUGGCGAGCAUACCUGCCACACGCGCUGCGACUACUCGACGGUCGGCGGGGAUACGAUGCAGAGGAGCAGGCUGAGCUCUGUCUGCUGGUGGGACGGUGUCUGCGAGUGGACGGCAGGAUCCAAGAGGCAGUGAGAUGGUUAGAGGAGUCUUAUCGACGAAGGAACUGGUUGGAUGAAGACGACAUGGAUCGGUUAUCAUCGGAGCAUAACCUCGCGGGAGCAUAUGAAGCAGACGGGCAGGUGAAAAAGGCGGUAGACCUGCUGGAGCAUGUGGUCGCGGUGCGAGAGAAGGUGCUAGCGGAAGAUCACCCAAGCCGACUGCAUUCGCAACACGAGCUCGCACGUGCAUACCAGGCAGACGGACAAGUGCCCAAGGCGGUAAAGCUGCUGGAGGCUGUGGUCGAAGUGAGAGAGAAGAUUCUGCUUCCAGAGCACCCAGAUCGACUGGCGUCGCAGCAGGUGCUCGCGGUGGCAUACCACGCAGACGGACAGGUGCAGAAGGCGGUAGCACUGCUGGAGGCUGUGGUCGAGGUGCAAGAGAAGACUCUGCUGCCAGAGCACCCAGAUCGACUGGCGUCGCAGCACGCGCUCGCAGCAGCAUACCGAGCAGACGGACAGGUGCAGAAGGCGGUAGAGCUGCUGGAGGCUGUGGUCGAAGUGCAAGAGAAGAUGCUGCUGCCAGAGCACCCCUCACGACUGGCGUCGCAGCACGUGCUAGCAGGAGCAUACCAAGCAGACGGACAGGUGCAGAAGGCGAUAGAGCUGCUGGAGCGCGUGGUUGAAGUGCAGAAGGCGGUAGCACUGCUGGAGGCUGUGGUCGAAAUGAAAGAGAAGACGCUGCUUCUAGAGCAUCCCUCACGACUGGCGUCACAGCAUGCGCUCGCAAUGGCAUACCAAGCAGACGGACAGGUGCAGAAGGCGGUAGACCUGCUCGAGCGCGUGGUCGAAGUCGAAGAGAAGAUUCUGGUGCCAGAGCACCCAGAUCGACUGGCGUCGCUGCAGGUGCUCGCAAUGGCAUACGAAGCAGACGGGCAGGUGCGGAAAGCGGUAGACCUGCUGGAGCGCGUGGUCGAAGUCGAAGAGAGAAUGCUGGUGCCAGAGCACUCAUCACGACUGGCGUCGCAGCACGCGCUCGCAAUUGCAUACCACGCAGACGGACAGGUGCAGAAGGCGGUGGACCUGCUCGAGCGCGUGGUGGAGAUCAAGGCUCGCGUCCUACGAGCAGACCAUCCUUCGCGGCUGGUGUCAGUCGAAGCUUUGACUGACUUGUAUGCAGAGCAAGCUGUCGAGUCAGACGAAGCAUUAUCCUCUGCGUCUUUUGAAAGCUCUCCUACAGCUGGCUCUGCUGGUCAUGCUGUUCAGCAGUAUGACUAGGGUCUGCCUGCAUGACUCUCUGCUAUUUGUAAUUGUACAUUCAUAUUUGUUGCGGUAUUAGUCGGUCCAUACGAGACCCUAUUACCCUUGCUUAGACUGUUCUGGAUUAGCACGUUCCAGAGUCAGUAUAUAGUCGUCUUCUCCUCACUAGCAACCUGAUAGUCCUACGUUAUCGUUUACCGUAGCUAUCAGUAUUAUACAGCGGCCGCAAAGGGCUUUUUCACCCCUCACCCCUUAGUGUUUGGAACUAGCCCCUGUGGCAGGCUUCAAACCUCUCUUUGUACAAUAAGAACAGCGUAGGUUCUUUGUAGCCUUAAGCUAUAAGACACCUACGCAUCUCUAGCUGGAAGAAUUACC